UUUUCAUUGGGAGAGAUUGAAAUUGAAAUUAUAAAUUAAGUUGAAAUGAUAAAUGACAAGAAAUGAAAAUUCAGGUAGCAAAGCGAAACAAAUGGAAAGUUGUCAAUUGAAUGAAAAUGCCAUUUUUACUUUGCCAAAAAAAAGAAGAAGAGAAAGUUGAGGUGGAAAUCGUAAUUAUGUCAAGGUUUAAUUGUUUAAUGUAACACAAUUAAUAAAAUAAGAAGAAGGCUCAAAGACUUCCGUUGUAAUAAGUUUGAAUGAUAAACGACAAAAAAUGUGUCUUUACUUACAAAGUGUAAAAAAAAAAAAUCCAAAUAGCGAUCAACUAUAAUUUAAUCUUGGGACAACGCUGUAAUAUUUUUGUAUUUUUUGUAGCGAUAAAUAUUGCAUGGAUGUAGCAUCUAUGAAAUGAAAAUAAGAAAAUUAGUCGAAAAUGGAGAUUUUCGCGACAUGCAGAGAAGAACACAGUAGCAAAAUAGUAAUCGAAUUUUUCCAGUUCUUCAUUAUUGAAUUUCAAACACGUUUCAAAAAUCCAAAAAGAAAUGGUUUCUCUCUCAUCAGCAUAAAGAAUUAAAAAUGGCGGCAUCUUCUGGCAUCAGCAUCACUCUCUCGCUCUCCUUGAAUCACGAUUCAAACAAACACUCAAAUACAAGCAAAAUGGUUCCUUCCGCCGCCUUGCUCUCGCCGCCGCUCUGUUUCGCCAGGCUCGGGAAGAAACCCACCGCCUGCAUGACCACCACGGCGCCGGCGGCGCCCCAGUCGGCGUGCCUGGGGUUCAAAAAUCUGAUGGAGACUUACACCGUGAACGUGCAGAGGGCGGAGGGGCGGGCGCUGAACGUGCCGCUGCUGGCUCCCUUCACGAUCGCGUCGUCGCGGCUCGACGGGGUCGAGAAUGUGGCCGUCCGGCUGGAGCUCAGCAACGGCUGCGUCGGCUGGGGGGAGUCGCCCAUUCUGCCGCACGUCACGGCGGAGGAUCAGGCCACGGCGCUGGCCGCGGUGGCCGACGCCUGCCGGGCUCUGAAGCAGAGCCCCGGAAAGACCUUGGGCCUCGUUCUCGGUGAGAUUCAGGGGAUGCUUCCUGGCCAUUCAUUUGCUUCUGUCAGAGCAGGAAUCGAGAUGGCAUUGAUUGAUGCAGUUGCAAACAGCAUCGGAAUACCUCUAUGGAGACUGUUUGGUGGAUUCUCAGACACAAUAACAACAGAUAUAACAAUUCCAAUAGUUUCCCCAACUGAAGCAGCGGAGCUGGCUACAAAGUAUCGUGUUCAAGGUUUCAAGACUUUGAAGCUCAAAGUGGGGAAGAACUUGACAUCUGAUAUCGAAGUUCUUAAAGCUAUACGCACGGUCCAUCCCGAUUGUUUGUUCAUUUUAGAUGCUAAUGAAGGUUAUAGCUCCGAGGAAGCCAUUCAAGUUCUCCAAAAAUUACAUGAAAUGGAGGUGACGCCUAUUCUUUUUGAACAGCCAGUUCACCGAGAUGACUGGAAGGGUCUUGGUCAUGUUAGUCACGUUGCAAGAACCAAGUACGGGGUAUCUGUUGCUGCUGAUGAAAGUUGCCGUAGUUUAGAUGAUGUAAAGAAAAUAGUGAAGGAAGACCUUGCACAUGUGGUCAACAUCAAGCUCGCCAAAGUGGGAGUGCUUGGGGCUCUCGAGAUUAUUGAUUUAGCAAGGGCGUCGGGAUUAGAAUUGAUGAUUGGUGGUAUGGUUGAAACAAGACUUGCAAUGGGCUUUGCUGGUCAUUUGGCAGCUGGUCUCGGGUGUUUCAAAUUCAUUGACCUCGACACUCCCCUCUUACUGGCAGAGGAUCCAGUUCUCGGGGGUUAUGAAGUUUCUGGCCCGAUUUACAAGUUCACUAAUGCUAGAGGUCACGGAGGUUUUCUACACUGGGAUAAUAUUGUCUGGUAAGUUACUAUAUUGAACUCAACUACUUUUACUUUUACUUAUCAAACAUACUUUCCAUAGAGGCUUCAUUGUUUGAUAUUUUUGGUUGUAAUAUAAACCCACAAUCACCGAGACACGCAGCUCAUUUGGAGGAAUAUUGAAUUCUGCACUUCCUAAAGCAUGACAGAAAUUAAGUUUAUUCUGUUCUAGUUUGCUACUUUGCUAUUUAUAGAUUUCCAGUGGUCGACUGAGUGCUUCUUGCAGUUGUUUGAUGGUUUGACAUUUUCGUCGUCUUCCUGUUUAGUUCCAAGCCAUGCAAUUGUGUUGAGGCUUAACUAACAUCUGGCACCUCUGCUAAAAUCUUGUCUGAAUUAAGAAUGGCAAGUGAAUUCUGGAGUUAUAUUUGCUAUGUCAAGAUAUCUUUAGCAAUGAAAGAUUAGUUGAUACUUUUGCUGGACUAGAGCUUGAGACAAGCCUUCUUCAUCACUUCCUUCUAUUAGAAUCAUUUAAAUUAUCGUAUUAUGUUAGAGAUCAAGAUGUCUAAUGUUCUCCCAUAUACUACUAUAAAUAUUGGUGCUGUUGUCAUUUUUUCUGUCACAGUAAAAGUAUUAUUGUUUUUAUAUUAUAACGAGUUUUCUAAAAUACAGUAAGAGCCAAACUCAAGUGUAGUGAUGCCGAUUCACUUCAUCUCUUCAUCCUGUCACAUGCCUCUAGUUAUCCGAACUGUGUGUAAUGCAGGCAUUUGUAUUGGAUAAACGGAAUGUUUCACCCCCGUUAGCCAAUAAGAUUAUCGGCUAUUCAUAUAUAUAUAUAUAUACACAGAUGUAUUCUGUAAUAGAUUUGUGAUGCCCUGUUGAAGCUGUGCAUCUUUCUGACAGAGUUGCAUAACAGUGUGACGGAGUAUUGUUUAUAAGUACGUAUAUUUGAUGUUGAAAGUAUGUGUUUGUGUUGCAGAAAAGUUGAUGAAGCUCACUCUCUUCUACUGAAAGCAAGCAGCCAUCAUCCAGCUCAGACUUGGCUUGGAUGAUGGGAUUUGGGAUAGUGAUUAAUAAUGUGUUAAGUUUCAUACAGUAUAAACAUGUAUGUAAUGUGACCUAAUUAUUGUAUGGAAUUCAUUUUAAAGGGAUCUGUAUUAGUGGUGUUCAA